GUGGAAAUAGGGGAAGGGGUCAGAUUUAUCCUGAUGGUAGCAAAAGUAACAAUACAGUUUAUAAUGCUACGGCAGGAGGGAUAAUAAGCAAAAUUUUACGAAAAGAAAAAGGGGGAUACGAAAUAACCAUAGUGGAUGCUUCGAAUGAACGCCAAGUAAUUGAUAUUAUCCCUCGAGGCCUAGAACUUCUUGUUUCAGAGGGCGAAUCCAUUAAACUCGAUCAACCAUUAACGAGUAAUCCUAAUGUGGGUGGAUUUGGUCAAGGGGAUGCGGAAAUA